AUGCCAUCAACUCACAAUAGAGAUAAACCAUGGGAUACUUCAGAUAUAGAUAAAUGGGCAAUAGAAGAGUUUAAACCAGAACAUAAUGCAUCAGGUUUACAUUUCACAGAAGAAUCAUCUUUUAUGACAUUAUUUCCAAAAUAUAGAGAACAAUAUUUAAGAAAUAUAUGGGCUGAUGUAACUAAAGCAUUAGAUAAACAUCAUAUAAAAUGUGAAUUAGAUUUAGUUGAAGGUUCAAUGACUGUAAAGACAACCACAAAAACUUUUGAUCCUGCAAUCAUUAUAAAAGCAAGAGAUUUAAUUAAAUUAUUGGCAAGAUCAGUACCCUUUGCUCAAGCUAUUAAAAUUUUACAAGAUGAUAUAGCCUGUGAUGUUAUAAAGAUUGGUAACUUUGUAACCAACAAAGAUAGAUUUAUAAAACGAAGACAAAGAUUAGUUGGACCAAAUGGAAAUACUUUGAAAGCCUUGGAAUUAUUAACUAGAUGUUAUAUAUUAGUACAGGGUAAUACAGUUAGUGCCAUGGGUCCAUAUAAAGGUUUAAAAGAAGUAAGAAGAGUAGUUGAAGAUUGUAUGAAGAAUAUCCAUCCAAUUUAUUAUAUUAAAGAAUUGAUGAUUAAACAAGAAUUAAUGAAAAAUCCAGAUUUAAAAGAAGAAGAUUGGUCAAGAUUUUUACCAAGUUUCAAAAAGAGAAACGUUGCUAGAAAGAACAAAAAACCAAUCAAAGAGAAGAAAGUUUACACACCAUUCCCACCACAACAACAACCAAGAAAGAUUGAUUUACAAAUUGAAAGUGGUGAGUAUUUUAUGGGUAAAAAGGAAAAAGAGUUGAAGAAGUUACAAAAUAAAAGAGAAAAACAAGAAGAAAAUAGUGAAUUGAAGAGAAAAGAAAGAGAAAAAGAUUUAGUUGCACCUGAAGAAGAAGUUUAUGAGAAUAAAUUAUUAGCGAAGAAGGAAAAGAGAGAUAAGAAGGAAAAGAAAGAUAAAAAGGAUAAGAAGGAGAAGAAAGCAAGAAAGAGAUCUAAAGAAGAAGAAGAAGAAAAAGAAGAUGAUGAUCAAGGUAGUCGUAAGAAGUCUAAAAAACACGAAUAG